ACUAUGCUUCGCAAGGCUAUUCCAUUAGAAAAAAGAGUAGCGGUUGCUUUAUAUACCUUAGGUUCCUCAUCAGAGUUCCGCAGUAUUGCGAACUUGUUCGGUAUAGGAAAGUCAACAGUAUGUGUGAUACUAUUGGAGUUUUGCCGAGAGAUCUGGGAAAUUCUUGCACCGCUUUAUUUAAGCAAGCUUCCUUUGGAAAGAGACACGAUCGAGGAUUGCGUUGCUGGCUUCCUGAAUCUUGGAUUUCCACAAUGUCUUGGUGCGAUAGAUGGCUGUCAUAUCGAAAUCCAUCCCAGAGCUACGGAAGCUGUUGAUUACUACAAUUACAAGGGAUGGUACUCAACUGUUUUGAUGGCUUUGGUGGAUUACAGAUACCGUUUUUUAUACAUAAAUGUCGGUAGUCCAGGGCGAUGCAAUGAUUCGCAGGUAUACGAAUCAUCGCUUUUAAAGAAGCACCUUACUGAAAACCCCCUAAUGGAUGAACUAUCAAAAAACAUAUGUGGUGUUAAUGUGCCGGUGUUGAUAAUCGGAGACUCUGCAUUUAGAUUUUCUAAAAAUCUUAUGAAGCCUUACCCUUUCAACGUCGCUGGAGAUGAGUUACAAAAAACUUACAAUUUUGUGCAAGCAAGUACUCGGCGAGUUGUAGAAAAUGCUUUUGGACAUAUCAAAGCACGGUUUCGUCGAAUUGGAAAAGGAAUCGACAACACUAUUGAAAACUCGUCGUUGAUCAUUAAAGCGUGCUGUGUACUUCAUAACUUCCUCAAUGUAAACGACGAUCAUCUUAAUUCAAAGUGGAUUAUAGAACAGCUAAGAAGUGAAAAGGGUCGUAUAUAUCCUGAACAGCCAGCUAUAAUUCAUGAUUAUGAUGAAAACGCGGAGAAUAUAAGACAUGCUAUUGCUACCUUCUUCAGUCUCAACGGCAUUUCAGAAUCCAGCGACGGUCCUGCGUAGGAUAGAUCGGAAUCAACGGUUUCUUCUACAUAUUCUGCAAUUAUCUCAGCAUCUGAAC